AUGCAGCUGAAGACCGUCUCUUCUGCUCUCGUGGCGUUCGCGUUCUGCGCCAUCUCGGCCUCCCAACCAGCAGAGGCUUCGCCAGAGAAGCGCGCCAUCACUAUGCCCAUGCACCGCCGAGCAGCAGCCAACAGCCGCGGCAUCAUGACAAACUCCGAUGGAUCGGUGGACCGUCGAGCACUCGCGCUCGAAAUGGCUCACGUUCAACGUCGAUACGGUAGCGACGCCGAGGAUGAGGAGAGCGAGCCAUCUUCGCGCGAGAAGAGGUGGGUCAACAUUCCCAAGCUCAUCACCGAGGGCAUCGCAGACAUGUGGGAGGACGUGCUGGACUCCAACCACGGUGUGGCUCACGUCGCGUCCCAAGAGACCGAGACUGGCACCACCGGCAACCGUGUGUCCGGCACCGCUUCCAAAAAGUCUUCUCACCGCGUGCUCAAAACUUCCAACGGUCCUCAACGCAAAGCACAGUUGCCCAUGCGCGACAUCCUGAUGAGCUCGAACAGGGAGCUGGAGUUCUUGGUCGAGGCAAAGAUAGGCACGCCCGCUCAAUCCUUCUGGCUGGACCCAGACUCUGGCAGGUGAGUGGCGCACGUACGCGCACCGUGAACAGUGCCGAUGACGAUGCUGACGGUGUCGCCCACCCGGCCUUUACGUCCUCAGUUCUGACUCUUGGGUCAAGGGAAAGAAUUGCAACGGCGCAAAUUGCGGCAACGCCUCUCGCGCGAGGUAUUUGCGUAGCAAGAGCUCGACCGGCAUCAAGACUCCAGGCGACAAAACGUUCACCUUGCAGUACGGCAUCGGAGAUGUCGAAGGUGCUUUGAUUCGUGACACAUUUGCCCUUGGUGACAUUAACAUUGCCAACUUUACAAUCGGCGCGGCCACGAAGCUCUCAAAGGACUUCAAGACUGACAAGGCAGACGGUAUCCUCGGUCUGGGCUUCCGCGAACUCGCGUCCGCCCACCAAAAACCAUUCGUGGACCGUGUGACCGAGGGCAACAACUUGCCCCAGCCGGUCAUGUCAUUUGCGUUUGGACGCCACUUGUCCGGCACCGACGCGAAGAGCGAGAUGCUCAUCGGUGACGUCAACAAAAGCCUCUUCAAGGGCGACUUGGCAUACUACGAUGUUCAGCAAUCGGGCUACUGGGAGUUCAAAUUUGACUCUUUCGCUUCCGGAACUGCCAAGGGCGUCCAAAAGGGAGCUGGAAUCGUGGACACAGGAACAAGCUUGAUCGCAAUGCCUUCUCAGCAAGCCAAAGCUUUUUGGGCCGACGUCAAGGGCUCCAAGUAUGACUCUGCCAGCGGCACCUACACCUUCCCCUGCGAUGCAAAGGUGGAUGCUACGCUCUCCUUGCCAAAUGGCAAAAAGUUCUCGUUGAACGAGCAGGACCUCAACAUCGGCACGGACGGAGCUGGAUCCAAGCGCUGCGUCGGUGCUGUGCUCAGCAGCUCUACACCCGGUCAGACCAUCUUUGGCCUCGCUGCGCUCAAGAGCGUGUACACCGUGCUGGACUUUGGCGAGAAGCCACGCAUCGGCUUUGCCCCCAUCAACUUCUAA